GCUGUAUCUCUUGAUUUUGAAUGGUGGAAUAUGUUUGUAAACAAUCCUGUGAAAAAACAAUUGGUGCCAGAAGUAGGUAUUAGAGAAUCUUGGUAUGUUCUCAGUGAACAAUGCGAGAAAGCAUUCCAGCGAGAUAUUUUGCUGGAAGUCAGAAUCGACAUAAGCUGCAAGGAGUCUAGAUGUUACCCCUACCCUGCCUAUCGUCUAUAUCAGUGUGGCUUCAGUCCUGGUCAGGACGCAGCCUUGAUUCAGUAUGCUUCCAGCAGUGCUAUCGAAGGCAUCGAAAGCAUCUCAAGCAUAUUCUUUGUAAUCUAACAAAGAUUUAACAGUGCAUGUAUUAUCGGAUCGAUUCACUUUUUGUCAAAAUCAUAAUAGAUUUUUGUAGACCUUAACAAAUUUGAGGGCUGUCUGCGUUAGACUCACCAUCAAGAUGGUUGGGACUAACCAUGUCCACUAAGAGGCAUCGCGGGCGAAAAUUAAGUAUAGAUAAUAAAAUAGCACAUGAAGGUCGUAAUAGAUAGGAUGAGCGCAUCUCGGCAAAACGAAGCGCGUUGCUUCAAUGAAAACUCUCCCAGGCCGCCAGUGCCAGGAGAGGAAACUGGAAGCUAUGUCAGCCGGAUCCGUCCACAGAGUCCUGCUCUGACACCAAGACGCUCUUCUUUCGCGACACUACAAGCCUCAGGCGGUGGUUGCGAUGUUUCCGCGCCGUUGGGAUUCGAGCCCGAGGGUUGUUGCGGAACCACUACCAUGGAGAGCAAUUCGCCCCCUGCUUAUGCACGGUGGGCAAGAAAUCUGCACUCCUUGUUAGAGGAUCCGGAAGGUUUACAGCUGUUCAAGAGAUACCUAAUUCAAGAAGGGCAUGUGGACCCGCUCAAUUUCUGGUUUGCUUGCGAAGGUCUCAAAGAGCAGAAGGACACGGAGAAGAUCUCGCAGUUGGUGAAGCUCAUCUAUCGGAGGUUUUUUCUCAAGUCGCAGCUAACCAUACCGGAGGAUGUGAUGAAGGAGGCGGAUCGGCGAGUUAAAGAAGGUCGCGCCGAUCAUAAGGUGUUCGACAUCGUGCAGCUGGAGGUUGAGCGGCUGAUCAACGAGACGACGUAUCCCAAUUUUCUUCAAUCUGAUGUGUACCUGCAGUAUGUUCAGUCUUGCCAGAAUCCCGAUUCCGGCGGUUGCCCGAGUUCGGGUUCGGGUAGUCGCGAGAUGUCCAUCUCCUGCGGACCCAGUUUGCUGCCCACCGUACAUGAGGACAGCGAGUACAUCAGCACCGGUUGUAUACACAUGCACAAUUCGCACUCGUCCGGCGGAACACCCGGGGAACUGAGAUUGACCAAAGAUAUGCUGAUGGCCACUCAACAGAGUAGAGCGAUGGAUCUACGACCGAGGCCAGAAGCAUACGCCGGCAUUUACUUGCAACUUGGGGCUAGUCCGUAUCACAUGCACGUAUCCAGAUUGCACGCACAAUAUUCCUCCUACAAUCCAGUAUCCAGACAGGAUUCUGAGCUUCAGAGUUUAAGCAGUGAUGCACGUACCGAGGCGGACAAUGUGUCCCUCAACGACGGAUCCGUCAGUGACGGGACGAGCAGUAGACAAAGGAGCAAGAAGCAAUACAGCAAGCAAUCUAGUAGGGCAAUUAAAGAAUCCGCGAAUAUAAAUCGCGAGUCCAUGGCACAUCACGUUGUCCCACGAACUCAGCGUAUGGCGUCCCCGAAACAGAUGUCGACGAAGCAAUUCGCGGAGAUGCUCACGCAGAAACUGGAGAUUCUGAUACGAGAGCAAAAGGCGCAAGAGAAAUUGGAAAAAUAUUUGUAUCAGGAAAAUGAUACCUCGGUCGGUAACGACGCGUCGGAGGUUUGCGGAGCUUCCAAAACUUUAGGCGAUGCGUUGAAGGAGAAGUUGUCGAUGGAGGAAGACAGUGAUCAAGCGAUUCUUGAUGAGCACGUAUCUCGUGUCUGGUCAGAUCAGACACCAUCGAGAUCUCCUAGACUCUCGCCCGAAAGAAGACGUCCCGCACACAAUUAUCCACGGCCUUAUAAGCAGAGAAAAGAGAAAGACGUCGAUUCCACGUUCUCGGUGGAUAGCGGUAAUAUCCACGACUUCCAAGAGAGUAGCGAUCUUGUUGGGGCUGGCUCUAUGAGUUCAUUAGGCUCACACCUACCUAAAUCUAAAUCUGUGCCAUCCGAUUACGCUGAUUCCCUCCACAAACAGGAUCUUUAUGUUCAAGGUCACGAUCAAAGAUUUCGAAGGUCGGACGCGACGAGACGAUCAGCCACGAAAAAAUCGAUGACAGAACUAACGGAUAGCGGAGUGAGCGUCGUCAGCGAUGGGCAGCCUUCCAUAAAUAAGGACAUUCGUUUGAUGCCUCGGUUUAAAGAAAUGGACAAAAAGGUAGAUCUGAAAUAUAGUAGCCGCCAUGGCAAGAGAUAUGGUUCUCGCAGUGGAUCCUUAGAAAGGCCAAACAGAGAGACUUGGAGCAUGGGAGUGCCUGCUCAACCGUUCGUUGCUGACCCGGGAAUGCCACCUUUGACGCCGCCACAUACGGUCAUACAAUUAGAGGAGACUUGUAGAAGAUUAAUGGAGGAAAACAAGAUACGCACCAGUUGUAAGCAACGACAUCUCAACGUUUCGAAACAGACGUACGAAUUUGUGUCGCAGAAUCAGCCAUAUGCCCAGUCCAAUCAGUCUACCUUGAGAAAACCGAAGCAGGACGAUUUUACCACUGUUGUGUUCAGUUUUUGUGAUGAGCAAUUCCCUUACAGAACCAAGAUUCCUGGUCACAACGUUACAUUAAAGCAAUUCAAAGAGUAUCUUCCGAAGAAAGGGAGCUAUCGGUACUUCUUCAAAACGGAGUGCGAAGAUUUAGAUACGAAAGUCAUACAAGAGGAGAUAACAGACGAUACUGAGGUUCUGCCAUUGUGGGAGGGCAAAGUGAUGGCGCAGGUUAAGGCGCUCGAGUAAUAGACUGAAUAAAAGAAAAGAAAAAACAAAACCGAGCACGAAAGAUGCGUAUUCUGACCAAGUGCCGCAAUAAAUAUUAUUUAAGAAAUCCGCCAUUAAGUCAGCAAGCCGACGCGCUCGGUAUUUAUACAUAUAUACAUAUUAACGCUUGUCACGCGGCCUCUUUCUCGUAAUUGCCUAAGAAAGUAGUUUUAAUCGAUGAAAAAAGAUAAAAUAUCGAGUCGAGCAAUAUCGCAUUCUGUACGCGUGAAUGUUGCAGAAAAGUAAGAAAAGAACGGCCUCACAUCACUUCUGUUGAAUAUUGGUAAAACGUCGUAAACUUUGUUCACGUUAUAAAUAUGUUAUACGUUAUAAAGAUUUAAUUUGGUUUAUUUUCUGCUAAAAUAUUUUCAAUAAAAUCAUGUCGUAAAAUCGUUUAUUGUGCAAAAUCCUCGACAUUACUUCAAGAAUGAUUCUCAAUUAUUUCAUCAGAGAGAUGUUGGAUUGUUUAGUUUUACUGACAAAAGCAGUAAAACUAAAUAUUCACUAGGUUGAAUUGUAAAACCAAAAAUUAGAUCGAAGUAAGACAGAACCGUGCUUUUCUCUCAUUCUUCGUUUUUGAUUGUUUAAAUAAAUGUAAAACAUUUUUACAUUUAUUACAAUGUAAAACAUUUUUACAUUUGUUAUGAUAUAUAUUUUCGUAUCUAUUCAAGCCAGAAGAAGAGACGUUCUUUUUUUUUCUUAAAUUCAUUAAUUUGUCAACGAAUUUAUAUCGAAUUUACAUGGCGGAUAGCUCGCGCGACUGCGCUUUAUUGUACAUAAUUAGUUUGUAACUAAUGAUGAUGAUGCUAUGCAUUUUUAUGUCGGUACGGGUUUUGCCAGAUGAAAUUAUUAAUAUAAUUUUGCCUGACACGGAAAUCACCACUUUCACGGGAUAGUUUGGGCAAGAGCGGCAACAAUAUGUCGAAAUAGCGAAGAUAUUGUGACAGAUUAAAUAAUUUCUUCCUCUCGAAGACUUCCCAUAAUUUUCCAAACGACUGUACAAAGGUUCGCGUAGUUGAUCGCCUUAAUAAGGUCAUAGGCACUAGACAUUACAUAGGAGAGAAUAAUUAUUCAAGUGCUAUAAAGUUAGCACCUAAAAAAAUAUAUUACGUAUAUUCUAUGUAAAUAUGAAACGAUGUCUUAUGUAGAUAAUAUACGUAAUGUAUUUUACGUAUGUGCGAUACAACAUGAAAUUGAAAACAAAUCACGAAUCAUGUUUUUUCUCCCCGUUGUGCCACUUAUUGUUACCGUUGCAUCACCGUCAUCCAUUUCGGCAUUGUGAAAUAAGUUCACCAUGCGUAGCCUAAUACACGGCGAUAUUUAUAAUAUACGUCAACAUGCAGUUGGCAUGGAGACGAUGAAGAAAAGAAGAAAAGAAAAAUCAUUAGCGUUUAGAUUGUAAUAAUGUUUGUAUCAGGUGCGGAAAUAUGUGCCUUUUUAGUGCGGUAAGAUCGAGAUAAGUCUAAGAGAGAGAAGGUUAAAAAAUAUUUAUAAAUUGCAGUACGGGGGCCCAAUCCUGAUAGGAAGACGAUUUAUGUAAAUUGAUCGGAUAUUAAAACCCAUAUUAUUAUCGGCGAGAACAUCAAGUUCUCCUUUUUCUUUAUUUUUAAUCGUCUUCCUGGUCUAUCAAAAUCGAUUAUAGCUUUGUUUAACUCUCAAUCAUACUGUUCUUCAAUUAUUCAAAUUCUAAUCUUUACACACGUGAAGUCGUGCAAAGGAUUUGUAGAUUCUCGCGUUGAAAUGUUCGAUUGUAUAUUCUGAUAGAAAUUACAGUAGUGUAAAAGUGUACUUCAUCUAUCAUACAUCUCUCGAUUUGCAAAAGAAAAGUAUUGUAUAAAAAUUAAAUCUUAUAUAGAAGAAAAGAAGAAGAAUAAAAGUCGGAAUCAAAGAGAUUAAAUUAUAAUACACUACAGUACAAUGUAAAUCCGUGAAAAAUGCCGUUUUAUGGGAUGGCCCUUGAUCAAUGGUUCGACUUUAUAAUUUGCCGGAUCUCGCUUUCUAUGCGUGAUCCCCGUGGAAAAUUCAUUCAAGAAGAAACAGAAACGAUAUAUUCUGUUUAUUUAAGAGUAAAUAAUUGAUGAGCGUUUAUUUGAAAACUCGAUUGUAUCUCCUCAAGCUCGUCGCUAUCGAAGACGCGAUCGAUAACAAUUUUUAAUUGUACGUAAUUGAACAUUAUAUCACGAACGUUAAAGUGUUCCUGUACCUAAUUAAUUAAUAACGAUUAUUAUUGUAUAUCAAAAAUAUUGAGAAUAAUAACGCGAUUUUCACUGGAUCAAACAAAA